AUGGUUCAGUCUCCGUUUAAAAUCCUUCGGGGUCAGAUAUUGGUCAUCUCUGAUAUAUCGACGUUGCUUCCUUGGUUGGCCUCACAGACGAUUACGCCCGCCUUGCAAACUAUCUGGAUAGUCCCGCGAAAGGCUUGCUGGGCUGGAUAUACCGGCAAGGAGCCAUACCCACCAACUUUCACCCAUUUUUCCUGGGACAUUCCGACUCUUUCAAGUUCUACGACGAAUGUCUGGAGAAGCUUCGAGUCUCACUGCUCUGAUUCAUGGCGAGAUCACUUGCGAGAUCAAUUGCGAGAUCCACCGCGAGAUCCAAGAACAGAAUUCCAAGAUCGACGCUACGAUGCUGACCGCCGUGAAGCUCUCGAGGUAAAGUGUUAUAUCAAGACUGCUCUUGAACGAUUUUUCGAUCUCCAGGAGAUCGCUUGCCUUGGUCGAGGAACGAAAAUGACAAGAAGGCUACGACAAGACAUAACGCCUGCCGAAUUUCCUGGGAUAGGCGUCUUGGAUUUUGCUCUGGAAGUGUAUCAAUUCGGACGUGGCAAUAACUCUUGUCGAGACGCUCUCUUUAUGCUGCAAAAGGAAGGCCCCUGGGGACUACCGUCGUCGUCGUCAGCAGGUCCCCCUCAAGCAUCUUGCUCACGUUGGAAAGACAUGAAGCGGGAUAUGAGACCCAAGAUGCGACGAAGCCGAGACGUGGCUAUCUCCUGGAUCCCUCUCCUGAAUUGUGAAUAUCGGUCGGGUUGUCCCACAGCUGUUUUGGGUGGGACUCAACAUUCACCUUCGUCAGAUCGGAUUCGAAAUCCUACCCUGCCGGCGGACGUCCAGACCUCGAUACUUUAA